GUGGCAAUGCUGCGGCUUUCGUGGUGAAUGGCAAACGGAGCAAUAACAUUGCAUUUAAGCACUUUUUUUUAUAAAUUAUAAAUAAAAGACACCCUCAACAUGUCCUCCCUGCUGAGAAUAGCCACCAGGACAGUCCGGAGUUCCACCACCCAAGUGCGCGGCGUGGCCACCACAACGCCCAGGCAGAUAAAAGAAAUCCAGGAGAAGCAGGAGAACAAUGUGAAGAUCUUCGAGGGCGUUAAUGUGGAGUCCCCGCGUGCCGAUCUUAUGCUCAAAUCCGCCUGCCAGACCAACUUCUGCCCGGAGUGCACCUUGGGGCUGGACAUCAAGCACACGGAUGUGCUCAUCCUGUCGCAGUACGUCCGCUCCGACGGCUGCAUGCUGCCCAGGCGGAUCACCGGUCUGUGCCACCGGCAGCAGAAGAAGAUGGGCACCCUGGUGACCAUGGCCCAGAAGGCGGGACUGAUGCCCAAUCUGGCGCCCGAGUGGAGCAAAAAGGAUCCCAAGAAGCGCUUCGGCUGGCGCAAGUUCAACAAGUACUUCCUGGAGUCCACGAUUAAAUACUAGUGUUAAAUGCAAUAAAUGUGUUAAUAGAGGUACUAA